AUGACUGACUACAGAGAUCCACCAAGCCGACCGAAGGUGAUCCACUCUGUCCGCCUAAGCUCAGCUUUAGCAGCAUUCAAUGUCAAGGCUCCAAAGCCAGAAGAUCGAGUAGCGGAAAUUUAUAUCCAAUACACCAGUGUGGAAUGCAGGGGUAACAAACGAUGGGACUGCAGCAGGCAUAGAGUUAAAAACAGUUGCGCUCUACAGGGCUUCCUCUACUGGCAAUAUGUGAAUGAGAGCAGCAGUCUACCUGUGAUUUUGAGUCGCCUCUGUGCCGGACAAGCGUACGAUAUUGGAAUCAGCGCAGUAAACGAACAAUUCACCUUUGGACAGUGGUCGUGGCUUUACGUCAAUGGAAAUGUUGGUGGGAUCAGGCCCAGUCCAUCCAGCCCCUCAAACACAGCGGAGAUCUCAUCCAGUCCACCCAGUCCCUCGAACCCAACGGAGAACCCGCUAACAACCCAAGCAAGAAACUGGUGGACAGGACCUGGUGACAAGCUGACGGCGGAUUUCGGCACUACCCAACUAGCACUCGGUGGCAUGAUGCUAUUCAGCCUGUUCUUGAUAGCAAUGCUGGUCUGCCGUGCAUGUCGUCUUGGGACUCGGGAGCAACGAUGGGGAACUCGCCGAUGUCCAAAUCCUGCGACCAGAUCAAGGGAUUUUGAUUGUGUGGUUUGGCGCCAACCCAGCGGUGUAGAGUCUACGUGCAAUGAUGAGACUCAGUAA